UCGUUUAUGAAUUGCCGUGAUUCAUGGGCACUCGAAUUUAAUUACCGGGAUUGGAGAAAUGCUCAUACCAUUAGCUGAUAGAAAUAUGAGUAAUCGAGUGGGCAUGAAAACAGUGUCAAACAAAACUGUGAUGUGUCCAAAAGUGAAAUACACUUAUUGAUUUUUGAUUUUAAGACAAAUACGGAUACACAGAGACACAGACAGAUGGCCAAGACAGCGCCUCAUUAUUGGCCAGCUCGCCACGCAUGCGCAGUGCCCAGAAAGCAAAGUCGCAUCAUCAUCACCAUCUCCAUCGCCAUCUCCAUCUCCAAAAACGAACAAACCCAAGCCGAAACGGCGACCCUCUCGCGGAUACAACAACUGCUGAUAUUGUGGUAGUUGUAGUGGUGACGUGCAUCUGGCUGGAUUUCUGUAUAAAUUGGUGAUGCGGCUGCAGUGGUUCGUCAGUGAAGCAUUUGAUUUGGUCUAAUAAACAGCAGCCAAGUGCAAUCCGAGGAUAUAGCAACACCGAGGAUUACUGUGGAAUAGUGCCGAGUGCUUAAGUGUGUGCGUUGUGAACGAAUAAGCCGUGAAUCCGCAUCCCCAUCUUAUAUCCAUUACCCAUACGCACCGUUGACCCGUGAUUGUUUAGCCAUGAAAGCCUUCAUCCUAAUGUCCUGCCUGGCGCUGGCCGCCGCUCGUCCCGAAGCCGGAUACAACUACAACCGUCCUGGUGGCGGCGGUGGCUCCGGCGGUGGCAUUGGCGGUGGUAUUGGCGGUGGCAUUGGCGGAGGAUUCGGCGGCGGUUCCGGCGGAGGAUUCGGUGGCGGAUUCGGCGGUAGCAGCAGCGGAGGAUCAUUCAGCAGCGGCGGAGGCGGUGGCUUCAGCAGCGGCGGUGGUGGUGGAGGAGGCGGCGGAUUCGGCGGUGGAUUCGGAGGCGGCUCCGGCGGAGGUUUCGGUGGAGGCGGCAGCAUUGGCGGUUUCGGAGGCGGCGGCGGCGGCGGCGGCGGUGGCACCACCUUGGUGCAGAAGCACAUCUACGUGCACGUGCCACCACCAGAGCAGGAAGAAGUGCGCCAGCGCCCCAACCUGCCCAUUGGCCAGUCCCAGAAGCACUACAAGAUCAUCUUCAUCAAGGCCCCAUCGCCACCAUCGUACCAGGCUCCGGUUAUUCCCCUGCAGCCUCAGAACGAGGAGAAGACUCUGGUCUACGUGCUGGUGAAGAAGCCCGAGGAUCAGCAAGACAUUGUCAUCCCCACGCCCGCACCCACGCAGCCAUCGAAGCCUGAGGUAUACUUCAUCAAGUACAAGACCCAGAAGGAUUCGAGCGGCAUUUCUGGCGGAAACUCGGGCUCUAUUGGUGCCGGAACCGGCGGUGGUUACAACACUGGCGGCGAUGGUGGCUUCAAUGGAGGAGACAGCGGCUCCAUCUCGGCCCCGUCCAGCAACUACGGACCACCUGGAAAGUCCGGACCCUACUAAAUGGAUCUUCAACCCAUCGAGAACUCAAAAUUGCGAACUUCGAACUCGGCCCAAACUGCUGACUAGUCCUGUCGUUGACAUGCCCCCAAAACUCUCACUCGAGUACACCACAUCAUCCACAUCACAUUAACCACCUCACGAUCUUCGACCACCAUGUGUCCCCCAAUUAUCUCAGACCUACAUCACUCCCUUCAAAGGGGGGGCGGCACUUUCGCCCACAACUUUUGUACAUAAUACGUUUCCAUUCUUCCAAUCCUUUUUUCACUCACUUUGGCUAUCCACCUGUCGCAUCAGUACAUUUUUCACCUUCAACCAAAUUGGAGUCUAACCUUCAGUCCUGCCUGGAAAAUUCUAUUAGCUAAUAGGCGACAUGUGCGGGUUCCUUGGAUGGGAACCUCAUCUGGCGCCCGGAAGAGCGAAUGAUGAUGAUGAUGAUUUGUAGCAGAAGAUGAUUUAGCGGGGCCUGACUUGCUCCAUACAUAUAAAUACAUAUACUUUAAUUAUACUAGGCUUAAGUACGUUAUGCACAAAUAAAAAAACAACGGUGACAAAAUUACGAAAAAAAAACUCCUUAAGAUAUUCUC